AGAAGCCUCCAGCCCAGUAUUAGGCUAGGUUUCAGGCCCAAAUACGCCCCAGCCAACCACUAUUAAACGCUUAUAUGAAUUAGGGUUUUUCUCACUGGAACUUCUUCUACUUUGCGAAAAGCUUUUAUCUGAGCCGCAGUCUUUCCUCUCAGAACGAGAUGGCGAAGUCGAAGAACCACACAGCUCACAACCAGUCUUACAAGGCUCACAAAAACGGAAUCAAGAAACCCAGAAAGCACCGCCACACAUCCACCAAAGGGAUGGACCCAAAGUUUUUGAGGAACCAGAGGUAUGCAAGGAAGCACAACAAGAAAGGAGCUGAAUCAGGUGCUGAUGAAGAGUAGACUCUUUUCUUUGAAAAGAUGAGAGCUUUGUUUUGUUAUGAGAUUUACUUCACUUUUUAGUUUCAAAGAUGUAGUUGUUUCUUUAAUGGAUAUUAUUCUAAGUACUGUAAUGACUCGGUGAUGCCCUUCAGCGGGUUUAAUUGUUGAGUUCUUUUUUUUUUUUCAAAAAUAUUAAAUGGAUUGUUACUGAUGUUUUGCAAAA